AUGUUGAGUGAUGAACUUUUGAUCAAGGACUUGAAUAAGGUGAGUGAACUUGGUACCAAGUGCAAGUUAACUUUGGAAUAUGCAAAGUUGAUCAGGAGGAUAUGGAAGGGAGAUCAGACCUCUGUAUCACCAAGGGAACUCAAAUCAAUAAUUGGUGACUAUUGGAAACAGUUCAGUGGAUAUAACCAGCAUGAUUCACAUGAGUUGUUGGCAUCUUUGUUGGAUAGUCUUCAUGAAGAUGUAAACAAGGUAUUGGAACGACCAGAGUACGUGAAGAAAUCUGAGGAGGACAAGCGUGCCGCUGAACUUGUAGCCAAGGAUCAAUGGCAAUCACAUCUUGCCAGGAACAACUCGAUCAUUGUGGAUUGGUUCCAGGCACAGACCAAGUCUGAGUUGGUGUGUUCCAAAUGUCGUGAUGUGUCAAUCACAUUCGAUCCAAUGAUGUAUCUGUCAUUGUCCAUUCCAAGACAGCCAACCAAGUUGAUCAAGGUUCUCUACAUUCCUUACAACAGCUAUGUGUCACCAUCAUUGGAGACAUUCGAGGUGAAUGAUGACCACACAAUUAAUGACAUUAUCAAGAUGUUGACCAAGAUCACCAAGGACAAUCCCUCAAACUUGGUCAUCACAAUGUAUCGCAACUCAAGAGUAGAGCGAGAGUGGUUGCCUGAGGCAUCAAUGUCAUCAAUUAGCAAGGAUGAAGCAAUAGUAGUAUUCCAAGUACUACCUAUGAUGGAUAGAGUAUUGGUGACGAUGGAGGUUGACAAUAUACCUCAAUACCAAUUCGUUCUAUCAAUCACACCAGAUGUCAGCGAUGAUAACUCACUCUACCAAUGUAUCAAUCUAAGACUUGAAGGUAUGAUGAAGGAGUUGGAUCGACUUGAAGAACUUCAUGCCAAUGGUAAAUCACUCUAUGACAUGGAUAUUCAAAUUGAAAGACAUCAAGUGAUAUUGAAGAUUGGAAGUGAUAACUUUUUGAAACACUUCAAAGUUGACGAACUGAAGGCAUCAGUACAUAUUGACCUACAACAUCAGAGUUUAAUAACAAGAGAUAGGAAGAAUAUAUCUUUGAAUGAUUGUUUGAAACAAUUUACAAAGGAGGAAACUCUUCCAAGUUCAUGCGCCAAGUGCAAGACAGUAACUGAUCACAGUAAGAAGUUGGAUCUGUGGACCGUGCCACCAAUUGUUAUCAUUCAACUCAAGAGAUUCGAUUCAAAGGCAGGUAGAAUCUCUGACAAAUUGACAUGUAACAUUGAUUUCCCGACGGAGGGUCUGGAUCUCACAGAGUAUGCUCAGGAUAAGUCACAGGCUGCAACUGGUGCUCAGCCAAUAUAUGACCUCUAUGCGGUGUCCAAUCACCAUGGUGGUCUACUUGGAGGUCAUUAUACAUCAUUUGCAUAUAAUGAGUUGGAAUCAAAGUGGUUCAAGUUCAAUGACAAGUACUCUGAACAAGUUGAAGUGGCCAAGGUGGUCACAUCAGAUGCCUAUCUACUAUUCUAUCGUAGACGAGAUACUCGCAGUCCUGAGUUUGUGUUGAAUCACAAUAUGAAGAGUUUCAAAGAUGCCGUAGACACGGCGGAUCCCUCAUCAUCAUUGGACAAGAUAGCAGAUAGUAUUGCCAAGGAGAUGGCAUCAAUUCCAAAGACAACCCCAAAGCCAAAGCCAAUGCCAAAGAUAUGUGCUUCCAAACCGCCUCCACCAGUCUACCAAAUUCAACAUCAAAUGCCCCUACCUUCCCAAACUCAACAUCAAAUGCCUGCUCCGUCCCUGACCCAACAUCAAAUUCUUCCUGAACCUUCCCAAACAAGGUCGGCAUCAUUCAAGGGAGACACCUCAAUCAUUGGAUCAUUAUUCUGCAUUGGUGAUGAUGAUGUCGUCAAAGAUGCCAUUUUGGAUAUUCCCAUUGAUGACCAAUUAGAUUCUCCAACAUCAACCUCAACAACAAAUCCAAUUGAUCAAAUACCUCCACAACAAAUCCUCGAAACACUUUGUCCAACAUUAUUAUUCAAACAAUUCCAGACAAAAACAAAACUGAUGAUGACAACCAAAAGACAAUACCAAACAAAGAAGACACAGUGA